AUGUCUCGGGAUCUUGCCGAUACAACCAGUCGAAUAACAUAUGAACGUUUUCUUGAAUUUGAACAUUUAAUGAGAGGAUAUCCUGCAUCAAGACAUCAAUCUUAUAAUGCAUCACCGAUUGGUUUCUGUGCUUUUGCUUUAACAUUAUUUGUUUAUUCGAUGUACAUGGCCGGUGCAACUGUUCCUAUCUCAACUUCACCUCAUAUUGCAAUGGGUCUUGCACUUUUCUAUGGUGGUUUGAUUCAAUUUCUUGCUGGGUUAUUUGAAUUGCGCUUAGGAAAAAAUUUUCAUGCACUUAUGUUUUGUUCUUAUGCUGGUUAUUGGUUUGGACUUGGUGCGCUGUAUACUAGUACAUUUAACUUUCUUAACGGCGUCACAGAUACAAGUGUACAGUAUAAAGCAUUAGGUGUUUUCUAUCUUGGGUGGACAAUAUUUACAUUAGUUAUGCUAAUUGCAUGCAUUCGAACAAAUAUAGCUUUAAUCUUAUUUUUCUUUUGUUUAAUGGUAACCUAUACAUUAUUUACAGCAAGCUACUUUCUUUUAUGGGACCAAAAUUUAUCACGUGCAGGAGGAGCUGUUGGAAUAUUUACAGCAGCACUUGCUUGGUAUGCAGGAUUUGCAAGUUUAAUGAUUAAAGGUGACAAUGCAUAUUUCAAUUUACCGGUGUUCGCUUUAUCACCACAAUCUCGAGUAGUUGUGAACGGAGAAUCGGCGGCUGAACUUCAUGCACAAAAAAUAUAA